AGAGCUCUCACUCCUCAAUUGCUGCCAGCGGGAACUAGUUGAAGAUGCUUCAAGGGCUUUCCCUCCUCUCGAUCCAAAACCCACCAUAUCUCCCUCAACGUUCCCGCUCUCUUCGCAUCUCCAUCUGCUGUUCUUCCUCUACCUCAACCUCCCCGGAAUCGUUGAAGGCCCCCGUGGACGGUGAUCUCAGUGCGAGGGAGAGGCGGCAGUUGAGGAACGAGAGGCGAGAGCGGAAUGCCACGGUUAGCGGUGGCUGGAGGGAGGAAGUGGAGGAGCGCCUCGCGCGGCGGCAGAAGAAGGAGUACUCCUCCUGGAAGGAGAAGCUCAAUCUUGACAACCUGGCUAAGCUCGGACCACGGUGGUGGACGGUCCGGGUUGCCCGGGUUAAUGGCCAGGAGACCGCUGACCGCCUCGCACGAGUCCUAGCCAGAGGUUUCCCGGAAAUGGAGUUCAAGGUUUAUUUUCCUGCUGUUCGUGAGAAAAAGAAGUUAAAGAAUGGCUCUUACUCUGAAAAAACAAACCCUCUUUUUCCAGGUUGUGUCUUCCUUGAAUGUGUAUUAAACAAGGAGGUUCAUGACUACAUCAGGGAAUGUGAUGGUGUAGGGGGCUUUCUUGGAUCUAAAGUUGGAAAUACCAAGCGGCAGAUCAACAAACCAAAACCUGUUGCAGCAGAGGAGAUGGAAAAUAUCUUCCAACAAGCUAAAGAGGAACAACAAAAAUUUGACCAAGCAUUUGAAACAAAAUAUCAGGAUCAGAACUUAAAUUUUGAUGUUUAUUCCAGAAUUUCCCUGUCCAAGAAGGUUACUAAUACCAAAGGACAGUUGGGGAAAGACUUGGUGCAUUCUGGAGAUGCCCCAUUGGCUGUAGGGGAUAUUAAAUUCCUUGUUCCAGGUGCAACUGUUCGCAUUCUUUCUGGGCCAUUUGUAGAGUUCACAGGUCGUCUUUGGCAUCUAGAUUAUACUAAUAAAAAGGCCACCGUGGGCUUUACAUUAUUUGGCAAAGAGAGUUAUGUGGAUCUGGAUCUUGAGCAAAUUGCUGCAGAGACUAAUGACGUAGUCUGAGCAAGGUAGGCUGCUGUUUUGGAGUCUUAAUUGUACUCAGAAAUAUGUAUGGUUCAUGCUCCCUCUGGAUGCUCGAGAAAGAUGGGCAAAUUUGUCAAUUAUUCUAAUAUGGUAAUAUAUUUAAAGUUUCUACACCCUAUAUGAUUAUUUAUGUGCUUAUAUAAACUUAAACAGAAUGAAAAGAAAUAGCUCUCACGAGCAUUUGUAUGUUGAUUUGGAUAAUUUUUGGAGUUUAAUAUGUAUUAUUUGUUUGGAUCUGUAGAAUUUGUAUUGGAUUUUUUAUAUGAGCAAAUAUCUUCUAUGCAAUUGACAUUUGGUUUUAUAUAUAUAUAUAUAGUCAACUCUUUCUGGUA